AUGAAGGACUCCCGAAUCCUCAAAAUUGCGGGUGCAUAUCUUUCAGCUUUGUAUAUCUUACCUGCAUACGCAGUCGUCAAACUCCGUCGAGGCGAUUACUCUGGGGAGGACUCUGGCAAGGGCAGCCCAAAAGAAUUCAGCUACGGCACCGACCACCCAGCUCUCCCAGACGCCAGCAAAUCCCAGCCCGCCAAAACCGAGAAGCUAGAGGUUCCUGAGGCUAUCGAGGAAGCACACGAGAAGCCCAAGCGCGGGUCUUCGGAGUACUGGGUCAUCAAGCCAGAAAAUGCCACACCAGCUAUCUCGACAGAAGACUGGCCUCUGUUGCUAAAAGGCUACGACCGCCUCCUCGUUCGUACCGCACACUUCACACCCAUCCCCGUCGGCUGCACGCCAUACAACCGCGAUCUCAAGUCAUACAUUUCCUCCGGCGUCAUCAACCUCGACAAGCCGUCCAACCCCUCAUCACACGAAGUCGUCGCCUGGCUCAAACGCAUGCUCCGAGUAGACAAGACCGGACACAGCGGCACACUCGAUCCCAAAGUCACCGGCUGCCUCAUUGUCUGCAUUGACCGCGCUACACGACUCGUCAAAUCACAACAAGGUGCUGGCAAAGAAUAUGUCUGCGUCAUCCGCUUCCACGACAAGUUACCCGGCGGCGAGGCUCAAUUUGCUCGUGCCCUCGAAACUCUCAGCGGAGCUCUCUUCCAACGCCCUCCCCUCAUCUCAGCCGUCAAGCGCCAACUCCGCAUUCGAACUAUUUACGAAAGCAAGCUCGUCGAAUUCGACAACGACCGCCACCUUGGUGUAUUCUGGGUAAGCUGCGAAGCCGGCACAUACAUCCGAACCCUCUGUGUUCACCUUGGCCUCCUUCUCGGCGUCGGUGCACACAUGCAAGAGCUGCGACGUGUCCGCUCAGGCGCCAAGAGCGAAGAAUCCGGCAUGGUUACGCUACACGACGUUCUCGACGCACAAUGGAUGUACGACAACCACCGCGAUGAAAGCUACCUCCGCAAGGUCAUCUCGCCACUCGAAUCCCUCCUCACGACAUACAAACGCGUAGUCGUCAAAGACAGCGCUGUCAACGCCAUCACAUACGGCGCCAAGCUGAUGAUUCCCGGGCUGCUGCGCUUCGAGUCCGGCAUCGAGGUCAACGAGGAAGUCGUGCUCAUGACCACCAAGGGCGAGGCUAUUGCUCUUGGAUACGCUCAGAUGUCCACUGUCGAGCUCUCCACCUGCGAUCACGGUGUUGUGGCAAAGAUCAAGCGGGUCAUCAUGGAGCGCGAUCUCUAUCCCCGUCGCUGGGGCAUGGGUCCCGUUGCGCUCGAGAAGAAGAAGAUGAAGUCUGAUGGCAAGCUUGAUAAAUACGGCCGUCCGAACGAGCAGACCCCUGCCGCCUGGAACUCCGGCUACAUCGACUACAACGCAUCUGGAGCACCAGGCACAUCAGCCGCGCCCACCGCCCAAACAACAUCCAAAGCCGACGUCCUCAACGCUCCCACUGUCGACCCCACUACGGGCGAUGUCGAUAUGGCAGACGACAAGACCCUCAUCAAUGGUGACGCUAGUGGCGAGGCCGACUCGAAGAAGCGCAAGAGCAAGCAUGAGGGUGAGACGCCCGAGGAGCGUGCAGAGCGAAAGAAGCGUAAGAAGGAGAAGAAGGAGGCGAAGCAGUAG